AUGCAGCCCCCAUACCACCACCUCAGUGCAAAAGCCUUGUUGUCGCCGUUCUCUGUUUACAGAAAACACUUCUCUGCUGCUGCCAAACCCCACCCCCUUCACAUCUACUCCAUUCAGACCUACCUCUACGCUCCUCCAGGUCCACUCAACCCCCCUACAGACUUACCUCUACGCUCCUCCAGCUCCACUCAACCCCCUACAGACUUACCUCUACGCUCCACUCAACCCCCCUACAGACUUACCUCUACGCCCCUCCAGCUCCACUCAACCCCCCCUACAGACUUACCUCUACACGCCUCCAGCUCCACUCAAUCCUCCCUACAGACUUACCUCUACGCUCCUCCAGCUCCACUCAACCCCCCUACAGACUUACCUCGACGCUGCACUCAACCCCCCCCUACAGACUUACCUCUACGCUCCUCCAGCUCCAUUCAACCCCCCUACAGACUUUCCUCUACGCUCCUCCAGCUCCACUCAACCCCCCCUACAGACUUACCUCCACACUCCACUCUACUCCAUUCAACCCCCCUACAGACUUACCUCUACGCUCCACUCUACUCAACCCUCCUACAGACUUAUCUCUAUGCUCCACUCUACUCAACCCUCCUACAGACUUACCUCUACACUCUACUCUACUCAACCCUCCUACAGACUUACCUCUACGCUCCACUCUACUCAACCCUCCUACAGACUUACCUCUACGCUCCACUCUACUCAACCCUCCUACAGACUUACCUCUACACUCUACUCUACUCAACCCCCCUACAGACUUACCUCUACGCUCCACUCUACUCCAUUCAACCCCCCUACAGACUUACCUCUACGCUCCACUCUACUCAACCCCCCCCCCUACAGACUUACCUCUACGCUCCUCUCAACCCUUGUACAGACUUACCUCCACGCUCCACUCUACUCCAUUCAACCCUCCUACAGACUUACCUCUACGCUCCACUCUACUCAACCCUCCUACAGACUUAUCUCUAUGCUCCACUCUACUCCAUUCAACUCUCCUACAGACUUACCUCUACACUCCACUCUACUCUCAACUUGACACCCCCCAUCUCCAACUCACCCCUCCUACAGCCCUACCUUGUCGACCCCCCCCACACCACCCUCCAACAUCAACACCCUGAUGUCUCUUCCUCUCCCUGAAGUGUGUACCUUCAUCCCACCUUGUGGAUUUAAAAGGAAUGGACUGGUAUGAAGAAAAUCAUGUCAGAUAUUAUUUUGACAUGGUGAAAACUCAAGUCUAUGAUUAAUCCAAUGCUUUCACAUCCAUGAAGGGGACUGAGUGAGCAGGUCAAUUUCACACGGGGGCAUAAGGCCAGUAGGGAAUCCUAACACACACAGCCUAAAAUGAUAUAGUAAGUAAUGGGACGUUGUAGUUUUGUGGUCCCUCUUAAUACACCCACAAACGGCUCUAUAGAGAAGUUUCCAAACACUGUGAAACCUUGUGUUCUGAACACAACCCGGUAGUUCUCACUGUUUCUGUUUUCUGUAGACACCUAAUAAAGGACUGUUGAAGUCUC